AUGAGUGUUGCAUCUAAUUCUAAGCAUGAAUAUGAAUUUAAAGAGACUCCUAUUGAAGUAUUAUUUAACAUAUAAUUAAAUAUAGUCAAAGUUCACAUGGACAACAAAGAGUAUAGAAAAACUUAAAGAACUUCAUGUGUUUUAAUAAGGGAACUGGAAAUCAAUCAGUUCGUUACUAAAUGGACCAACACCUUUAGAGUGUAUGUUUAAAUGGCAACAACUCCAUCCAGAUUAAGUAAUGAAAUUCUAAUUGUUAAGACACCUUCUAGAUAGUUAUGGUCACCAGAAGAGGAUGAAUAAUUGAAAGAAUUAGUCUAAAAAUUUGGUAAAAAAUGGAGCAAGAUAUGUACAGUGAUGAAUUGGAGAACAGGAAAAUAAGUUAGAGAGCGUUAUUUGAACUAACUUUAAGGAACAAUUAACUAAGAAAAGUGGACUGAAGAGGAAGAUAAAUUGAUAUUAAAAUUAUAUAAGAAGUUUGGAACUAAAUGGAGCUAUAUUUCAAGUUUUUUGAAUGGAAGACCUGUAUAUUUCUAUAUAUAAAUAUUUAGGAAAACAUGGUUAAAAAUCGAUUCUAUGCAAACUUAAAAAGAAGAUACUAAUGUGAUUUAGGUGAUUCUGAUGAUGAAGAUUUCUAAGAAGAAUCUAUAAAUUCUUCAGAUGAAGAUAAAAGCAAAUAAUAGAUAAGGAGAAGAUCUUAGAAAAGUACUAAAGAGCCUGAAAAAAUCAAAAAGGUUUAGGUGUCAGAUUAAAAUAUAAAAACUUUCCAAAGAAUGACAAGAUCAAAAAAUCAAAAAUAAAAUGAUGAUAGUUAUAAGUAAUAUGGUCCUAAUGAGGACUAAAACAAUGAAAAUAAUUCAGGUAUACAUAAUGUUAUUUUUAGGAUUAUAAAAUAUUGCAAGUUCUCCAAGUUAUUGUACUCCUUAAGCAAAUUAAAUUAAUAUAAAGGAAGAAAAUUAAUUAAAAUGUGAUCAUUUUAAUUAUAAUUCUUCCAAUAUUUAAUAAUCAAUUCCAUAAAUUAACAUGUUCCAAUCACCAAUUUCCCCAUUCAUUUUUAAUAAUUAAUUCCUUCCAUCAUAAUAAACUGCUCUUAUUUAUUCAUAAAAUAAUUAGCCAAUCAUAUCAGAUAAAUUGUCAAUAUAAUAAUUCAAAUAACCAUAGUUUGAUAGAUUGUAAAUGUAAAAUCAACUAAAUUAAUAACCAAGAAUAAACUUUGUUAAUCCUUUUCUAGAUAUUAUGUAAUAACAGUAAAUGUUGAAUUUUCAAAUUCCAAUCUAAUCUUAAUUAAUAGGUUAGAUUGAUCCAAUUAUAUAAUGGGCAGAACUAUGUAAAAUUUACAAUAAUGUAAUAUUGUAGAAACAUUUGUAACCAUGA